CGCACGUUCCGUGACAGUUCCAUUUUUGAAAGUGGCGGUUAUGUUUUGACGUUUUGAUUUUUUUUUUACAAAUGACAAUGGAAAUAAGUGCUAUGGCACCGAUGCCUUUGGACUUCUCUAUGGUGAGAAAUGUGUCGCCCGGUUUACGGGAGGAGUCACCGAAACCGAUCUCAAACAGCGCAUUUCGUGUCGUCACUCCGAAGGGAUUAACAGCUAGUGAAGCCCUGCGGAGUGGGUUAUGUCAAUCUCUAUGGGGAGCAUCCAGCACGCGGCCCGAGAUGAGGUUGACCCCGCCACCUGUGAAUAAUGAUGCUUAUUCUAACAGAGAUGAAAUCAAAUUCGGAAUCAAUCGUCUAGUCGGAGAGAGAACUGACGAAGAAGACAGCGAAUCACACAACAACGAAACCAGAACUGAAGACAUCUCCCCCACUUCCCAAUGUGGGAGCCCUUGCUGGGCGCCGUCCCCCCAAUCCCCGCGAUCUGUGCGAUCGACGUCACCAGAACUAGAAGUUGACUCCCCCCCAUCAUCACCGCGACGACCACCAGAUUCCUCCCCACCACUGAAGCGAUCAGAGGCUUUUUCCGUCAGCGCUCUACUAAGGCCAGAUGCACCAAGAACACAACCACACAGACCGUUCUUAUACCCACCGUUACCAUUCGCGGAGUUCUUGCGGGACGCAGGCAGUCUCGGUCUACCAGGAUGGGGGGGCUACAGCAAUCUUUACCUACAUGCCGUGCAAGCAGCAGGGCCAGAAUUGUUGCGACUGCGAGCAGCUGUACUGGGGAAUCCCAGUCCGCUCUCUCGGCCAUUGCCUAUUGGGGAUGUGUAUUCUUGUGUGAAGUGUGAGAAGAUGUUCAGCACGCCACAUGGGUUGGAGGUGCACGCGAGAAGAUCGCACAAUGGAAAGCGGCCGUUCGCUUGUGAACUCUGUAGCAAGACUUUUGGACAUGAAAUUAGUCUUAGUCAGCAUAGGGCUGUGCACAGUGUUGAAAAAGUCUUCGAAUGCAAGCAGUGCGGGAAGACCUUCAAGAGGUCAAGCACCCUCUCAACCCACCUCCUCAUACACUCCGACACCAGGCCUUACCCCUGCCAGUACUGCGGCAAGAGGUUCCACCAGAAAUCUGAUAUGAAGAAGCAUACAUAUAUACAUACCGGUGAAAAGCCACACAAAUGCCAAGUGUGUGGCAAGGCCUUCAGUCAAUCAUCAAACCUGAUCACCCAUUCGCGCAAGCACACCGGCUUCAAGCCCUUCGCCUGUGAGCUGUGCGGCAGAGCGUUCCAGCGGAAAGUGGACCUACGCAGGCACAGGGAGACGCAGCACGCUGAUCUGCGCAAUGCUCAGCACAUGCCCACCCAUACAGACGUGCAUGCCAUGCACCCGGAUAUGCACGUGCCGGAUCAUAGAAUAGAUAUUCGUCCUCACACAGAUAUGCGACAGGAGUACCGCACCCUGAACCCGGUACCACCCCUGCAGCCUCUGCCCUCUUGAAGCUCGACCGCCUUCGCGCCGUGGCGCUGAGGCUCCGACUAGCUUAAUACCAAAGACGUUUUGUGAUCCGAUGUUAUACAAUAGAUGAAUUUACGUUGGACUCAAGUUUUGUUUGGAAAAUGUUAAAGAGAAAAUAUCAUUUAUGAUAUAAAGGUAACCAAAGAAUUCAUAAAUAGUUACAUUUAUAGAUAUUUAUAAAACUGUAAAAUAGUUCAAUUCUUUACAUUGAAUAAAAACGUAUAUAUAAACGUAAUAAGUAACACAGUUUAAAAUACAUAAAUACUUAAUUAGUAUACUACGUAAUCAUAAAGGUUUAAUACUCAUAUGCAUAUGGUUAUAUUUGAUAUACCAACAGUUGGCAUUGAUUAAUAAUCUUUAUGUAUAUAGUAUUUUUUUUUCAUUUGUUUAAAACACGUUUGAUAAAGCACCUUCAACUAUUGUAUAGCAUCACUGUUUAAUUAUUAUAUCUAAAUUAGUAUUUAAAACGAAGAAAUAAAAACUAUUCUAUCUCGCUCUUAUACACAAAAAUAUUGUAGGAAGAGUGAGAUAACAUGACAUAUUGUUCUUCAGUUAACAUAAAGCAUAAUUAUAUUAAACAUGAAAUGGCCUAAGAGGUAUGUUACCAUUGAAUAAGAAAAAUAACAUUCGUAAGGCUUUUAGGAGUUUUUGAUCUCAGGCUAAGAAAAUGCAUAUAUAAUUUCCCAUUUAGAUUUUUAUUACGCACUAAUAUUAGGUCAUAAAAAGUGUUCACUUUCAUUCCUAUAAUUAAAUAUUAUAUUACAUUUAUUUGAGACCUUAAAGACAAACGAAAACGAUAAUGCGUAUUUUCUAGAAUUAAAUUUCACUUAUCCAUUUUAUUUAAAUAUCGCGAAAUUAUUCGUAAUAUUAUAGAUAUUUUUAAAUGUUUAUUGGACUGUUGGAUCCAUUCCACAUUAUAUUCCAUACUUUCCAUUCCAAUAAAAUGUUAUACAGUUAGAAUUAUAGUAACUUUUUGUAUUUACAGGGAUAAUACGUUUAUCAUUACUUUAUUUACAUUAAAAACAAUGUGUAAUCGAUUUAAUUAAGAAGACACUAUGUUAUAGGUUUAUGUUCCAUUCGGUUAGGUUAUUUAGCAUUCCGUAUAGAAUCACAAAAUGACAUUAGUCAUAUAGAAAACCAAAGAUAAAAAAAAAUAUAAAUAUUUGACACGUAUCCGAAUGCAAUCCUUAAGGGACACACGUUUUAUAUUUUAAAAAGAUAAUUCUUGCUUCAAGGCUCUUAACAUACAUAUCUACCAAUUUUAUCCAAAGCUUUUAUUAUACAUUAUUUUUUCAGUAACAAAAAUUUAUUUUCUACAUUCUUGUUAUGUUUUUUGUAUACAUUAGACUUAAGCGAAAGAUACACGUUACCGCUGGCUUGUCAUGCAAAUUUGGACAAUCAUAAUGUGGGUGAUCCUUUGUUAAACUUAAUUAAACGUGUAAGUGUAUCCUCUAUGUAUACGUUAAAUAAUAUAAUAUGUACAUAGAUUAUAAUGUAAUAUAUCGAAGUUAUAUUGGUAAUGCUAGGAAAUUUGUUGUCUUUGGGCGUAUUGUAAAAAUUUAUGUGAAAUCUAUUCAAACAAGUAUUUAAUAAUUGUACGCUAAGUUUUUGAAGGAGUAUAAAACAUGCACAGUAUGUUUUACGUACAUACAAUAAUUAUAUCCACAAUUAACUUUUGCCUCUUAAGUUUUGCUUUUAAAAACCUCGUCAUACAUUUCAUGAAAAUCGAUUUAUAAACGAAAACAAAUUUUAAUUCGCUGUCUUAACAAUGUUUCAUUGAAAUAAAUAAUUCUAUAAUGUAAAUAACAUAAUAAAAUAAAGUAUUAAUGUAGUCACUAUGUUUGCUUCAUGUAUGUAGGCGUAAUUUCUUUGUUUCGUUCCCGCCAACAAAAUCAUGCUAAUUAUACGUUAGAAUUUAAGCUUGCGAAUUUUUAUCGCCAGUUUUUGAAUAACAAGACCAGUAAUGUACAAAACUUAUAUAGUAACAAUUGAAGAUAAGCGUAAUAUUAUUAUUUAUUUAUAAUUGUUGCGAGUUAAUCAUAGUACAAUUAUUUCCUCAUUGUUUUAGAUGUUAAUAAAUAGAAUAAGAUUUGUCUCGACAUUUUAAAUAAGUAUGUUAUUAAACGUGUAUAUAAUG